CCAGUCGCUCCCUGCUUGGGGCGCCUCCCCCUCGCUCCCUGCAGCUCUCUCCGUACUGCGGCUGGGGCGAGCUCCGCGCACGCAGCCGGGGCCGCCGCACCGGCAUCGGCACCGGGAUCGGCACCGGCACCGGGAUCGGGAUCGGCAGCGGGAUCGGGACCGCCAUGACGGCGGAGGAGAAGGGAAACCUGCGGUGCUACCGGCGCUACAUCGAGAGGAUCCUGAACCCCGUGUACAUCCUCAGCAACAUGACGGAGUGGCUGUCCGACGAGGUGAAGGAGCGAGUCCGAAAGGAGGAGGAGAAGGGCGUCACGGCGGCCGCCGCGCUGUUCCUGGACGCCGUGCUGCUGCUGGAGGCGGAGGGCUGGCUCCGCGGCUUCCUGGAUGCGCUGGUUGCAGCAGGUUACACUGGACUGGCAGAAGCAAUUGAAAACUGGGACUUCAGCAAACUGGAAAAACUGGAGCUGCACAGGCAGCUGUUGAAGCGGAUAGAAGCAACAAUGUUAGAAAUUGAUCCUGUAGCAAUCAUGCCAUACAUAAACACAUGCCUGAUAGAGAGGGAGUGUGAUGAGAUCCUGCAGAUCAGUGAGUACAGAAGCAAAGCGGCCGGGAUAACUAAACUCAUUGAAUGCCUCUGUCGCUCGGAUAAGGAAAACUGGCCCAAAAGUCUUCAGCUGGCAUUGGAUAAUGCAGGAUAUUACAAUGCAAGUGAACUGUGGAAUAUAAGAGAAGAUAAUGGCAAAGAUGUUGAUGGUGAAAUGACAGAUGCUUCUGAGAAUUACUUUGAAACUGUGAUGACAUUUUCUGAGGAAGCAGAAUGUGACAAUCUGAGCAAAAGUCUCUCUUCAGUUUCAGAAAGCAUCUGUGAGUCUUCAUCUGUUUAUGCACCAAUGAAGGCUCGAAGCUACCAGAUUGAGCUUGCACAGCCUGCUAUUGAUGGGAAAAACACAUUGAUUUGUGCACCUACAGGAUCUGGAAAAACUUUUGUGGCACUUCUGAUUUGUGAACAUCAUUUGCAAAACGUUCCCUCAGGACGAAAGGCUAAAGUUGUCUUCCUUGCAACCAAAGUGCCAGUGUAUGAGCAGCAGAAAAAUGUAUUCAGGCAGCAUUUUGAAAGAAGUGGAUACUCUGUUCAAGGAAUUUGUGGUGAAACAGUUGCAAAUAUCUCUGUAGAAAAUGUUAUACAGGACAGUGACAUCAUUGUGCUAACGCCCCAGAUUCUUGUGAAUAGCAUGGAGAAAGGGAUCCUUAGCUCCCUCUCCAUCUUCACUCUGAUGAUAUUUGAUGAGUGCCACAACACUACAGGCAACCAUCCUUACAAUGUGUUGAUGACCAGAUACCUGGAUGAAAAAUUUGACUCCUCUGCAAACCAGCUGCCUCAGAUUGUAGGUUUAACUGCUUCUGUUGGAGUUGGCAAUGCCAAGAGCACUAAGGAAACUGUAGAGCAUAUCUGUACCCUCUGCUCCUACCUUGACAUACAGGCCAUAUCCACUGUCAGAGAGAACAAACAAGAUCUGCAGAGGUUUGGAAAUAAGCCAGAAACACAUAUCAGAUGGGUUAAAAUGCGAGCUCAGAAUCACUUUGCAGACAUUAUCUCACGUCUGAUGACUGAGACAGAGGUGUUGAUGAGGAAGAUUUACUCAGUGGAUACCAUCUCCCAAAUCAACAAGAGUUACUUUGGAACACAGAGAUACGAACAUUGGAUAGUUUCCACUCAGAAGAAAUGCAGACUAUUGCAACUGGAAGAUAAGGAGAGGGAGAGCAGUAUUUGUAGAGACCUUUUCAUUUGUACUGAACACUUGCGUAAAUUCAAUGAUGCUCUCAUUAUCAGUGAAGAUGCCCGCAUUGAAGAUGCUUUAGCCUACCUAAAUGAAUUUUUCACAAAUGUAAAAAACGGACCAUAUACAGAGUUAGAGAAGCAGCUGACGGAGAAAUUUCAAGAGAAAGAACUAGAGCUGACUGCCCUUUCAAAAGAUGAGUCAAAUGAGAAUCCCAAGCUGGAAGAGCUUGCUUGCAUCCUGGACGAAGCAUACCACUAUAACCCACAGACUCGCACUAUUCUCUUUGCCAAGACAAGAGCCUUAGUAGCUGCUUUGAAGAAGUGGAUAGAAGGAAACCCUCUUCUUAGCCACAUAAAGCCAGAUGUGUUGAUGGGUAAGGGAAGAAGAGAUCAGAAAACAGGUAUGACCCUGCCAAUGCAGAAGGGUGUACUGGACGCAUUCAGAAAUGACAAAGACAUCAGACUGCUAAUUGCUACUUCUGUUGCUGACGAAGGCAUUGAUAUUAGUGAGUGCAACCUUGUGGUGCUCUAUGAAUACUUCGGUAAUGUCACCAAAAUGAUCCAAGUCAGAGGUCGUGGAAGGGCAAGAGACAGCAAGUGCAUCCUUGUGACAAGCAAAACAGAAGUGGUUGAGAAUGAAAAACUAAACAUUUACAAGGAAGAAAUGAUGAAUGCAGCUAUUGAAAAGCUACAGAACUGGGAUGAAACAACAUUUGCAAGAAAGAUACGUGGCCUGCAAAUGAAGGAGAAGAUGCUACGAGAUUCCAGGAAGAAUGAAACAAAACAUGAAAUAGUAGAAGGGAAGAAAAAACUUUUGUGUGGAAAAUGCAAAGCAUAUGUCUGCAGUACAGAUGACAUCAGAAUUAUAAAGGAGGCUCAUCACACUGUCUUAGGUGAUGCGUUCAAGGAGCGUUAUACAACAAAGCCCCACAAGAAAUUGAUUCAGUUUGAUGGUUUUGAGAAAAAAAGCAAGAUGCAUUGCCGAAAUACUGAGUGCCAGCAUGACUGGGGGAUCAUAGUGAAGUACAAGAUGUUUGAUAAUCUACCAGUGAUCAAAAUCAGAAGCUUUGUACUAGAGGAUGUUGAAACUGGGAUGCAAAUGGAUUUUCCGAAAUGGAAAAGUAUUAAUUUGUCUUUGAAGAAUUUUGAUGAAGAAACAUGCAGCUGAACUCAACAUUUUAAUGGAUAUAUUGUUCCAGGGCAGUAGCAGCAAUGAUCAAUGAUCAAUUUUCUAUAAAAACUUUUGUUCUUUAUGCUAGGCCACUCACCUGCAUCUGGCUAGAUGAUAGAAGGCUGGUAAAGCCACUAAAACCAGUAUUUGCUAUAUAAUGAAAUAUUUCAACAGAAGUUUUACUAGGACAAAUAUGUGCCUAGGUGUCUAGAUACAAAUCAUUAUGGCUGUGAGUUACCUGGUCUGAAAAAAAGUAAGAUCAAGUUGAAUGACUAACUAAACAUCCAACUUUAGGUAACAGGCUAUACUUUCAAGAAUCAAGGUGUGAAUCAGCAACUUCUCUGGUAACUACUAAUGUGUUGUUGGAUUUCACAUCCUUGCAAACAACAUGGCUUGCCAGCACUUCAGGCAGUAUCUAGCUACUUUUGAAACUUUUAAAAAAAUUACUUUUAAUGUUCUAGACGUUGAUAUAUAAAACUGAAAGAAAAAUGUCCAGUAACUUUUCUGUAAGGAAGAUACUACAUCUCUUAAAUCUGUCUUCAAUAGGAAAUGCUUCUGCAACAGCAGGAAAUGCAGUAGGGCAGAGCCCUCUUGGGGAUUCAUCCUUGUGAUUAAAAUGGUAGCACUUUUUUAUAUCACUGCACCUUGAUCAAGUUGCUGUUGCUCAAGUUGCAGAAUGGGCACCCUCCUGUGCUGCUGAACUGAACAUGUCCUAAUAGGGACAAAGUGCCCUGCGUGAUGGGAGGAGGUUCAGUUUUGAUGGGGAUUAGCACUUACCUGGAUGCACUGUUUCACGGAUUGUCAUCUAAAAUCUCUCAAGACACUGGAAAUACUGUAAGCUUUCUGUCACAGCUGAUCUAGCAUUCUUACAAAAUCUAGGCAUUAGUUUGUUCAAAUCUGUCCUCUUUACCCAGAUCCCAGAUUUCUCUGGGAAAACCAGAAAUUCCUACAGAGUUAUGAAAUGCUGUACUUGAACACUUAAAAGCACCUGCUGAUUCCACACAUUUUCAAGAAGCUUAGUAUUCAGUAUUUCUGGAACCAAAACCAAAUGUAUUUUAAGUUCACUUUGUGUAUUUGCAAUGUGGUAAGGUAUGUAUGUGCAAGAAUUAUGCUACAAAACACUCGAACUGAUUAAAAAAAACCCAAAACCAAAACACAACCCUCCCACCCCAAACCUAAUUUAAGAGUUAAAAAAAAUGAACCUAAAUUUGUGAGUUCAAAAAUUAAACUGCCUAAAUCAUA